UAGGAAGAAUGUUGGAGGGAAGGCACCGACAUUUGUAUUGGUCACCUUGUGCUGCACAUUGUGUGGACCUGAUGUUGGAGGACAUUGCUAAGAUCCCAAAUAUAAUGAUGACCAUAAAGAGAGCUAUAAUGUUAAAUGGUUAUAUUUAUAACCGUUCGGGUUUGUUAAACAUGAUGAGGCGUUAUACUGGACAUAAAGAGUUGCUUAGACCUGCAACGACUCGAUUUGCCACUUCAUUUAUCACAUUAUCAAGCAUCCAUCGUCAAAAGGAUUGCUUGAGGAAGAUGUUCACUUCACAAGAAUGGACCUCCAGUAAAUGGGCGAAAGAGAUACAAGGGAAAAAUGUAGCACAUAUUGUGUUGAUGCCUUCAUUUUGGACAAGCAUUGUGUACUCUCUCAAAGUAGCAAGCCCUCUUGUUCGUGUACUUAAGUUGGUUGAUGAUGAGAAAAGGCCUCCAAUGGGAUAUAUUUAUGAGGCUAUGGAAAGGGCUAAAGAAGCGAUAGCUAAAGCUUUUGGUGGGAAUGAGGAGAAGUAUAAGGACAUCUUUGAGAUCAUUGAUAGAAGGUGGAAUAUCCAACUCCAUCGCCCUUUGCAUGCAGCUGGGCAUUUCUUAAACCCAGAAUAUUUUUAUAGCAAUCCAAAUAUUGAGCAAGAUGAAGAAGUGAUGGGUGGUUUAUAUCAAUGCAUAGAAAGAUUGGUUCCAACCACUGAAGUGCAAGAUAAAAUUUCUUUGGAGUUGAGUAGAUAUAUGAAAGCUGAUGGUCUAUUUGGCUCAUCAAUUGCUAUUAGACAAAGAAAGUCAAGGGCACCAGCCGAUUGGUGGUCCGCAUAUGGUUCUACAACUCCUAAUUUGCAAAAAUUUGCUAUUAAAGUACUUAGCCUCACAUGUAGCGCAUCUGGGUGUGAACGAAAUUGGAGUGUAUUUGAACAUCUUCAUAGCAAGAAGAGGAACCGGCUAACUCAAUGUCGAUUGAAUGAUUUGGUUUUCAUCAAGUAUAAUAGAGCACUAAAACGACGAUAUGAUAUGCGUGAUAGGAUCGAUCCAAUCCUUUUAAAUGAUAUAGAUGAUAGCAAUGAGUGGUUGGUUGGAAUAAUGGAUGAAGAUGUAGAUGCCGAAAAUGAGUCUGUGUUUGAAGAUGACUCUUUGACAUGGGGUGCAGUUGCUAGAGGUAUUGGGGCUAGAGAGUCCAGCCAUAAUUUAAGAUCAAGAUCAGCUCCAAGGGCAACAAAGAGGACAACACCUUCAUGCUCGUCUUCACUACGAAUCAUAGAUGAUGACGAGGCAAACUCUGAGGACACAGAAGAGGAAGAAGAUGCCGAGGGUUACAAAUCUUUUGAUGGGGACGAUGAUGAGACUAUGUUGUUUGGUGAAGAGGGUGAUAUUUAGGUCCCUUAAGAUUGUUUGGUAACUUUGGUUUUAGGAGUCCUUGCUAAAACUCAAAACUGAAACUGAUAUUUUGUUGCUUGGUUUAUAAAUUUGGUAGGCUACUAAGUAUUGACUAUGAUACUUUAUAGAUUUGGUAGGCUACUAAGUAUCUUUUGAUGGAUCUGUUUUGGAGUCAAAUGAUAGCUUUUGCUUAAGACAUCAAGUAUAAAUUUAUAAUAUAUGGUUAAUUGGUUUAUGUUUUGCUUUUUUUGAAUCUUUCUUAUGAAUAAAUAGCUUUAUUAGUUUAAUUGUUCUAUUUUUCUAGUUGCUUUAUUGGUUUAAUUGUGAUAUAUUUAGACUAAUUUAGUGUUUUUAUUAUUGGAUGUUCAUUGUUUAAUUGUGUUAUUUUUGUUAACAAUUAUUGUUUUAAAAUUUUACUUGUGCGCCUCACAUCACUCAGGCUCGCGCCUCGCUG